AUGGAUGGUUUUGAACUACAAGAAACUGACACAUUACGAGUACUUGGACUUACGCUGGAUAAAAACCUAAAUUAUGUACAACACAUAAAGGAAGUGACGGCCAAGUCCAUAAAAUUGUACAAAAAGGUUUCCAGAACAGCACGUGCACAUUGGGGUUUAAGUCCGGAGAUCCUCAAGACAAUUUAUAUAUCAGUUGUGGAACCAACUAUGCUGUACGCAGCUAAUGUAUGGGCUGGGAAGAGCCAGACGGCCCAGGUGAAAGUGCUUCUCGAUCGUGUUACAAGGACGUUUGGUAUAACUAUAUGCAAAGCACAUCGAACACUUUCCUUGGAAUCCAGCGCUAUACUAGCUGGUAUAUUGCCUUUGGAUCUGAGAGCGGUUGAGAGGUCUACAUUAUACAGAGUCAGAAAAACAGGAAAGGAAUUGGAUCUACUGCCAGGUCGGGAAGCUGAAAUUACCAUAAGCCCAUACGACCUUCCACAUCCAGCGAAAAGACGGAGCAUUAAUUAUGGACUGGUAGAGGACCGACAGGACCUGGAGAAGCUUCUGCAGUUGAAAAUGCCCAUAAUCUACACAGACGGCAGCAAAAUCGAAGGGAAGGUUGGGGCAGCCCUAUCCUGUACCAUUGAGGACAAGGAAAUUCUUCAGAAAAAGUUGCCGCUGGCAAGCUACUGCUCCGUAUAUCAAGCUGAAGCAGUAGCGCUGCGCGAAGCGGUUAAGACAAUGGUAAAGGACAGAAGAUUCAGAAAAGCAUUCAUUUUGUCGGACUCUAGAGCCACUCUGGACAGCCUUCGGAACCCCUCAGCCCUACAUCCAAUCAUUGCGGAAAUAAAAGACCUUAUAAGUAAGUUGAAUGAGAUGGAAGGGGAGGCACAGUUCUUUUGGGUGAAAGCACACAUAGGAAUAGUAGGAAACGAAAGAGCAGAUGAGCUUGCCAAAUUGGCGGCUACAAGCUGCAAAACUGUUCCUGUGUGUGACAGAUUCCCUGUGUCCUUCGCCAAGCGUCUCAUCAGGGACUCCACGCUCGACACUUGGCAGGCAAGAUAUGCCGAGUCGAACAAAGGAGCCACAACGAAGAAGUUCUUGCCUGACGUGAGACGGGCCUACAGGAUAAUCCGUUCGCUUAAGUUAGACAAUAAAGUUGCUCAGUUAUUCUCGGGGCACGGAGGUUUUCGAGCGUACCUACAUAGAUUUAAACUGGCACCUGAUCCAUUCUGCAACUGUGAUGGAGAAACUCCACAGACAGUAGAGCACGUCAUACUUGAAUGCCCUAAAUUUUUGAGGGACAGGUACGACUGUGAAUGCAGGAUGGACCAGGUGAUUGCACUGAGUAACCUGGAAGAGUUACUAAGCGACAAGAACCACCGUGGCGUUUUUCUCGCAUUUGCCUUGGAAGUGGUGAAGAGCACUGCGAGAGCCAAUGGUUCAACGUCAGCUUAG